AAUUUUCUUUUUUAUUAUGGGGUGCCUGGGUCGAGUGUGGGGCACUGGUUGGGAAAGGAAGUGAUGCCCCCGGAAACGAGGAGGAAAAUCUCCCUUGAAAUAUGUUUUUGUUUUUUUAUUUAGAAGUAACUUUUUUAUGAUAUUCGUGUAAUAAAGAAUCUCUUUUUGUGAAUUUUCUAUAGUCUAUGCUCGGUGUUUUGGAUGGUGUUCCUCCUCCUGAGGGUCUCGGACUUGUCUGGAUGAUUAUGUGUAUUUGAAGAUAGAAGCUUCAAAAUCAACACAUGAAGUCCUUAUACCCGAAACGUUAACUCUCCUGCUCCUCGGAUGCUGCCUGACCUGCUGCACUUUUCCAGUACCACACAUUUUGACACUGACUCUCCAGGGUCUGCAGUCCUCACUUUGACGUCAAUGUCUGACAGUCACUCAAUCCAGCGGGACCGGAAACAAUUUUCAACUAUGAUUCUGUGAGAAGGAGCAAAGUGUUUUGGUUCCUGUUUGAGUACAUUUUCAGCAUCAGUGGGACUGGAUGAGAGACCCUACUGUUGCAGCGCAUUGAGUGUGGGGCGUGUAGCAGCAUCUACAGCCUGGAAAGAGGAAUUGACGGCAGGGAGGGGCUGGAAACGUGUGUGUGUAUUUGUGUGCAGCUGAAGCUUCGGCCAUGGAGAAACCUGAGGAAUCCCGCCCCGUGGAGAAAUGGUGGAAGUGUGGUGAUGAGGGAAAAGGCUUCCAUUUCCCGUCUGCCCUGGAGAUUCAUCAGCGCAUCCACACAGGGGAGAGGCCGUUCUCCUGCCCCGAGUGUGGGAAGGCCUUCAGCAAAUGCUCCGACCUGCUGAGGCACCAGCGAUCCCACACAGGGGAGAGGCCCUUCAACUGCCCCAAGUGCUGGAAGAGAUUUACCCGGGCCUCCCACCUGCUGAGGCACCAGCGGGCCCACACAGGGGAGAGGCCGUUCUCCUGCCCAGAGUGUGGGAAGAGAUUUGCCCAGGCCUCCAACCUGCUGACCCACCGGCGGGUCCACACCGGGGAGAGGCCCUUCAGCUGCUCAGAGUGUGGAAAGGCCUUCAGCAAUUCCCCUAACCUGCUGAGGCACCGGCAGGUCCACACUGGGGAGAGGCCCUUCAGCUGCCCCGAGUGUGGGAAGGCCUUCAGCGAUUUCUCUUCCCUGCUGACCCACCAGCGGAGCCACACUGGGGAGAGGCCCUUCAGCUGCCCUGAGUGCGGGAAGGCCUUCAACAAUUCCUCUUCUCUCCUGAUCCACCAGCGGAUCCACACUGGGGAGAGGCCAUUCAGCUGCCCGGAGUGUGGGAAGGCCUUCCGCCAUUCCCCCAACCUGCUGAGGCAUCAGCGGGUCCACACUGGGGAGAAGCCUUUCAGCUGCCCCGAGUGCGGGAAGGCCUUCAGUAAUUCCUCCAACCUGCUGACCCACCAGCGGAUCCACACUGGGGAGAGGCCCUUCAGCUGCCCCGAGUGUGGGAAAGCCUUCAGCAAUUCCUUCAACCUGCUGACCCACCGGCGGGUCCACACGGGGGAGAGGCCCUUCAGCUGCCCUCAGUGUGGAAAGGACUUCACUCGCUCCUCCCUCCUCCGGAGGCACCAGCAAAUCCACCGCCGUGUCCACACUGGGGAGCGGCCCUUCACCUGCACCGUCUGCGGCAAGGGCUUCACCCGCUCGUCGCACCUGCUGACCCACCAGCGGCUCCACACCGGGGAGAGGCCGUUCAGCUGCUCCGUCUGUGGCAAGAGCUUCUCUCACUCGUCCAGCCUGCACAAUCACCAGCGGGUCCACACCGGGGAGCGGCCCUUCACCUGCUCCAUCUGCGGCAAGGGCUUCCCUUACUCGUCCACCCUGCUGCGGCACCAGCAGGUCCACACCGCGGAGCGUCCUUCACCUGCUCCGUCUGCAGCAAGGGCUUCUCUCACUCGUCCACCCUGCUGCGGCACCAGCAGGUGCACACCGUCUUUACCUGAACCACAGGGGCACGUGCCUGAGCCAGUUUGCCCACUGUGGGGAAAGGAAGUCUCAGGAGGCAUUCCGCGCGCCAUGGAGAAACCGUGGAAGUGUGGGGAUUGCGGGAAAGGAUUCCGCUCCCCCUCCGUGCUGGAGAUCCACCGCCGUGUCCACACUGGGGAGAGGCCGUUCAGCUGCUCGGUGUGCGGCAAGGGCUUCACCCAGCUGUCUAUCCUGCUGACCCACCAGCGUUUCCACACCGGGGAGAGGCCCUUCACCUGCUCCGUCUGUGGCAAGUGCUUCACCCAGUCGUCCACCCUGCUGACCCACCGGCGGGUCCACACCAGGGAGCGGCCCUUCACCUGCUCCGUCUGCGGCAAGGGCUUCACCCGCUCGUCCGACCUGCUAACCCACCAGCGGGUCCACACCGGGGAGCGGCCGUUCAGAUGCUCGGUCUGCGGCAAGGGCUUCACCUGCUCGUCCGACCUGCUAACCCACCAGCGGGUCCACACCGGGGAGCGGCCGUUCAGCUGCUCCGUCUGCGGCAAGGGCUUCACCCGCUCGCCCGACCUGCUAACCCACCAGCGGGUCCACACCGGGGAGAGGCCGUUCAGCUGCUCGGUCUGCGGCAAGAGCUUCACCCGCUCGUCCACCCUGCUGCAGCACCAGCGGCUUCACACUGGGGAGCGGCCCUUCACCUGCUCCGUCUGCGGCAAGAGCUUCUCUCGCUCGUCCAACCUGCUGACCCACCAGCGGCUCCACAUCAGGGAGCGGCCCUUCACCUGCUCUGUCUGCGGCAAGGGCUUCACCCGCUCGUCCAACCUGCUAACCCACCAGCGGGUCCACACCGGGGAGAGGCCGUUCAGCUGCUCGGUCUGCGGCAAGAGCUUUACCCAGUCGUCCAACCUGCUGCAGCACCAGCGGCUUCACACCGGGGAGCGGCCCUUCACCUGCCCUGUCUGCGGGAGGGGCUUCGCUCACUCCCACCACCUGCUGCGGCACCAGCAGGGGCACAAGUGACGGGGCCAGCCGCUGUGAGUCACCGCCCAGGGCUGAACCCUGGGUGGGAUGGGGGAGGGUCACUGCAGUUGCUGUGCUCUCAUCCCCUUGGCAUCCAGUGGCUCUGCGAGCCUGCGACUGCGCAUUUCCUCCUGAAGUAGAGAUGUACAACACAGAAACAGACCCUUCGCUCCAACUCCUCCAUAUCCUCAACUAAUCAAGUCCCAUUUGCCAGCAAUUGGCCCUAUCCCUCCAAACCCCUCCUUACACAGAUACCCAAGUGGAUGCCUUUUAAAUGUUGCAAUUGUACCAGCCUCCACCACUUCCUCUGGCAGCUCAUUCCACACGCGCACACACCACCCUCUGUGUGAAAAAUGUUGCCCCUUAGGACCCUUUUUAAAUCUUUCCCCUCUCACCCUAAACCUAUGCCCUCUAGUUCUGGCAAAAGACUUUGUCUAUCCCUAUCCAUGCCCCUCAUGAUUUUAUAAACCUCUCUUAAAGUCAACCCUCAGCCUCCGACGUUCCAGGGAAGACAACCCCAGCCUGUUCAGCCUCUCCCUGUAGCUCAAACCCUCCAACCCUGGCAACAUCCUUGUCAAUCUUUCUGAACCCUUUCAAGUUUUGCAACAUCCUUCCGAUAGACCAGAAGUACACAUAAUACAAAGGAACUUCGAUUAUCCAGAAUUAGAUGAACCAGCACGGUGGCUCAGUGGUUAGCGCUGCUACCUCACAGUACCAGGGACCCAGGUUUCAUUCCUGCCUCAAGCGACAGACUGUGUGGAGUUUGCACAUUCUCCCCGCGUCUGCGUGGGUUUCCUCCUAGUGCUCCGGUUCCGUCCCACAGUCCAAAGAUGUGCAGGUCAGGGUGAAUUGGCCAUGCUAAAUUGCCCGUAGUGUUAGGUACAUUGGUCAGAGGGAAAUGGGUCUGGGUGGGUUACUCUUCGGAGGGUCAGUGUGGACUGGUUGGGCCUGUUUCCACACUGUAAGGGAUCUAAUCGUCAAGCGACUGAAAUACACCCUGCAUGUGUCCUUUGGAUAAUCGAGGUUCCUGUGUAUUCCAAAAGUGGCCUAAGCAACGUCCUGUCCAGACCCCAACCCCUAUACUCAGUGCUCUGACCAAUAAAGUGAUCUGCAGAAUCUGCGGGACUUGCUUAAUCCUGGGAGGUGUUGGGAUGAAUAUAGGUCUCGGGAGGGUAGAACUGUAGUUGUUGCUUGGGGAAUCGGGGGGGCGCUGCGAAGCUGUUGUUUGGACUGCUGACCGAAACUGCCUGUGCAGCUGGGCUGCUGUUUACAAGACUGAAACCGUCCACUCCAAGGCCGAGUGAGCUCAAUAACAGGCUCUGCUCAGCGCAGCUGCCGAGGCCAAACGAGCUCAAUAACAGGCGGCUGGACUGUUGUUUACGAGACUGAGACCGUCUUGUGGAUAGCUGCCAAGGCCAAAUGGGCCCUGUCACAAGAAACGCUUUGUAUGCGAGAGAUCACGUAGCUUUGCUUAGAAAAGUAUAUCAAGGGCGAUUUUGUAGGGGGAAGGCAGAAUGUGCGCCUUCUCCAGUGAAUGCAUGGUGAUUCACUGUAUCAGCUACGAUUCUGCAAUAAAGCCUGCUUGAGCCAAACAAUUGAGCGUCUGUGGUCUCUCCUCCUAAACGAACACGCAAGGACGGGACCCCUGUCCUAACAGUGUCUACACUGGGGAGAGACCGUACACCUGCUCUCAGUGCGGGAAGGGCUUCACCUACUCCUCCAACCUGCGGAGCCACCAGCGAGUUCACGUGCCUUCGCAGGGGGAUUGAAGGAGUGACGGUCGAGUACCAUUAUCGAUUGGACUAUCAACCCGGUUCCGGGGACUCCCGGGUUUGAAUCCCCCCAUGACAGAUGGCAGAAUUGGUAUUCGGUCAGAAAUGUGGAGUUCGGAAUCUAACAAUGAGACCGUUUCAGGGAGGGGGUGGUGCGGGGGGAGAAAACCCCCAUCUGAUUCACUCUCUCCCUUGUUAGGGAAGGGAACUGCCAUUGUGGGAAAGAAUACACUCAAUCGUUCCAGCUGCAUCCUUUACCCGGUCUGGCCUACACGUGACUCCAGACCCACAGCAGUCUGGUUGACUCUACACUGCCCUCCCCCCACUGGCAAAGGAGCGGGGAGAAACUUACUUGGAGACAGGGUAUGGGUUGAAAUUGCUGAGUGAGGCAA